CCCCAUUCUUACGUCUAGCAAGGAAAAGGGACACCACGUGCACGUCGUGUUUUUACGUGUCGGCAUUUCAUGCUGAGAUUUUCUGGUUGAAAUUUAUUCCAUUGUCCGUCCAUCUUCGGACACCGCCUGCAUCGUUACUGCAAUCCGCAUUUUUGGGCUGCUCGAAUCGUAGAGUUUCUCCCGUGACUGCAGAAGAAAAAACACGCUAAAAUGGCUCUUUACAACUUCAAGAAAAUUAUGGUUGUUCCACCAGCCAAGGACUUCGUGGACAUUAUCUUGUCUAAAACUCAAAGGAAAACACCCACUGUUGUGCACAAACAGUACAAGAUUUCCAGGAUUAGGUCAUUCUACAUGCGCAAAGUUAAAUUCACGCAGCAGAACUUCCAUGAUCGAAUUUCGCAAAUCAUCCAGGAUUUUCCUAAACUUGAUAACGUUCAUCCCUUCUAUGCUGACUUGAUGAAUAUUCUUUAUGACAAGGACCACUACAAACUUGCUCUAGGUCAGCUGAACACUGCUAGACAUUUGAUUGACAAUGUUGGCAAAGAUUACGCCCGUCUCCUCAAGUUCGGAGACACUUUGUACAGGUGCAAACAACUGAAACGAGCUGCCCUUGGAAGGAUGGCUACAAUCAUGAAGCGCCAGGGUCCAAAUUUGUCUUAUUUGGAAAGUGUUCGUCAGCACUUGGCUCGCUUGCCUUCGAUUGACCCGUAUACUCGGACGAUCCUUCUCUGUGGCUUUCCUAAUGUCGGAAAGUCUAGUUUUAUCAACAAGAUCACCCGAGCUGACGUUGAAGUUCAGCCAUAUGCCUUCACAACUAAGGCACUGUACGUGGGACACAUGGACUACAGAUAUCUGCGUUGGCAGGUGAUUGACACACCUGGAAUUUUGGACAAGCCAUUGGAGGAAAGGAACACAAUUGAAAUGCAAGCUGUGACUGCUCUGGCUCACCUCCGAGCUUGUGUUGUUUACAUGAUGGACUUGUCGGAGCAGUGUGGCAAAACUCUUGAGGAGCAGGUCAAGCUUUUUGAGAGCAUCAAACCACUUUUUGCCAACAAGCCCUUGAUUGUUGCUUUCAACAAAAUUGAUGUUACACCUUUGUCUUCACUUGAUGACGAUCGUAAACUUGUUUUGGAGCAACUCAUUAAGGAUAACAAAGUGAUGGAGAUGAGUACUUUAACCGAGCAAGGUGUUAUUGAAGUGAAGACGGAGGCCUGUGAAAAGCUUCUUGCCACCAGAGUUGAGACGAAAACUCGUCUGAAUAAGACGGAAGGAAUCAUGAACAGGCUGCACGUCACUCAACCAGCACCUCGAGAUGCAAAGACAAGGCCGCCAUGCAUACCAGAUGGAGCUGUGGAGUUCCGUAAAAAGCGUUUGGCUUUGUUGGCUGCCAAGAAGGCUGAGGAAGAGGGCGAUGAAGGUGAUUCUGAGGAAGAUGAGGAUCAAAUGGAAGUCGAGAAGAAGAAAACUGAGAGGGACAUUGAAGUGGAAAUGGGAGAUGAUUAUAUUCUUGAUCUUCAGAAGAAGUAUGAUCUGCCUGAAGAAGAGAAAUAUGACACCAUUCCCGAGUUCUGGGAGGGGCACAAUAUUGCGGACUACAUCGAUCCAGACAUUUUCAAGAAACUGGAGGCUUUGGAGAAAGAAGAGGAUUUGCGAGAAGCGGCUGGGAUGUAUACAGUGCCGAAGAUUGAGUUGGAUGAUACAAUGCAGGAGAUUUGUCGCCUUGCUAAGCAAAUUCGAGACAAAAAGGCUAUUAUGCGUGAUGAGGCUCGGAUUAUUAAGAGCAGUACAAAGCCGAAGCUACCCAGAACUGCAGCCGCUAAGGACAGAGAUAGGAGUGUGUCUCGUCUGAGAACUCAGAUGAAUGAUUUAGGCGUGGAACCGUCUGAGAGUGAAAAUGCUCACUACUUGAAAGCAAACAAACGAGGACGUUCAGCAACUAAAAGUCCUGUUGCUACUAAAAGGAUGAGAGUAGACUCUGAAGGAAGGGCCAGAAGCAUGUCGAAGACGCCUAGGGAUGAAAUGGGAGUGAAGAAUCCAGAGAUGCGAAUCAAGCUGAAGGAUAAGGCCCAUAGGGCCAUCAGAAAGAAGGUUGGCAAGAAGGGUCUUAAAGGAGAAGCUGAUAGGUUUAUUGGAACUAAGAUGCCCAAGCAUCUGUUCACUGGAAAGAGGGGCAUUGGAAAAACGGACCGAAGAUAAACUAUUUUGCUGCUAUACCUUGUUCUGCUUCAGGAUAUUUUAUAUAUCGCAAAUAAAGGCCACUCAAAUAAAGUUGCCACUCAAUUACU